UAAAUCCCGGUGGAAUAGAGAGAGAGAGAGAAUCACAGCAAUGUAAUUUACCGCGACGACUCGUCCGCCAUUUUUCGAUAUCUCUGUACUUUCUCCCGUUCUCUCUGAUGAGUGUGGGACGCCCACGUCAUAUGUUUUACACACCACCACCACCACCACCACCACCACAUUUUUUAAAUAUAAAUAAAUUCCUUUGACCAAGGGAGGGGCGGAGGGAGAGAGAGGGAUACAAUUCAUUCAUCGAGUUGUGCUUUGUGUCUUAAUCGGUGUGCUUGGUUUCUUGAUCGAUCGUCGCAGAUUGGCUUUAUUGAUUGGGUACCCAGGAUAUGUUAUCGUAGCUGUAUUCAAAGUGGGAAAAGGUUUUCAUAAUGGCUGCAAGAGCAAUACUGCGAAGGAAGAAGUACCCCUUCCGUUCCCUGAAUCAACCAAAUUGCGUGGUUCGAGGUUUUUCAAGUUUUGAGCAUGGGAAAUCUUCUAAGCUUUCUGAUUCAUGUGGUUUGAGCUGGGUUUUGAGUCAUCCAUUUGCAGAUAGAGAUCAUAGAAAAGAAGAAGAUUUGUACUCCUCAAGGAAAGAGGGAUUAUUGAUUUUUCAAUCUAGAGGAUUGCUCAGGCAUUACUUUUGUGAAACUACAACUCUGGGAUGUAGGAUUGGAAGAACAGUUUUUGUUCCUUCUUUAAGAGUUAGAUGGACAUCAGAAUCAAUACAUUUUUCUUCCACAGCUGCAGCAGGUCGGGGUGAAUUGGGUAGUGGAAAUGAUGGAAAUGAAGAGGAGCCUGUUAAACAAAUAAAGGAAGCUUCACCAGAGGAAUGUGACCAAGCAGUCGAAGGGUUGAGCUCGGUGAAAGCAAAAGCAAAAGCAAAGCAGUUGCAAGAAUCCCAAAAGGGUGCUAAAUCAAUCACAAAGAGGGUAUGGGCUAUGAUUUUAGGGAUAGGUCCUGCUUUGAGAGCUGUUGCUUCUAUGAGCAGGGAGGACUGGGCAAAGAAGUUGCACCACUGGAAGGAUGAGUUUAAAUCUACAAUGCAGCACUAUUGGUUGGGUACAAAACUCCUUUGGGCUGAUGUUAGGAUAAGCUCAAGAUUGAUGUUAAAACUUGCUAGUGGGAAGAGUCUUUCUAGGAGGGAGAGACAACAACUCACACGCACGACAGCUGAUAUUUUCAGGCUAGUUCCUUUUGCAGUUUUUAUUAUAGUUCCAUUCAUGGAGUUCUUGCUGCCAGUAUUCCUGAAAUUGUUUCCCAACAUGUUGCCAUCAACCUUUCAGGACAAGAUGAAAGAACAGGAGGCUCUUAAACGGAGGCUAAAUGCAAGGAUAGAAUAUGCGAAGUUUCUUCAGGAUACAGUAAAGGAAAUGGCAAAGGAAGUUCAAAACUCGCGAAGUGGAGAAAUUAAGAAAACAGCGGAAGAUCUCGAUGAAUUUAUGAACAAUGUUAGAAGCGGUGUUCAUGUUUCCAACGAGGAAAUUCUAGGCUUUGCCAAGUUAUUUAAUGAUGAGCUUACUCUUGAUAACAUCAGCAGGCCUCGGUUAGUAAAUAUGUGCAAGUAUAUGGGUAUCAACCCAUUUGGUACAGAUGCGUAUUUGCGUUAUAUGCUUCGAAAGAGACUACAACAAAUCAAGGAUGAUGACAAGAUGAUCCAAGCAGAGGGUGUGGAGUCCCUUUCUGAACAGGAGCUUCGUCAAGCAUGUAGAGAUCGGGGUUUACUUGGGUUACGUUCAGUUGAAGAAAUGCAGAAACAGCUACGUGAUUGGCUUGACUUGUCUCUCAACUAUUCAGUGCCAUCUUCUCUGUUGAUUCUUUCUAGAGCCUUCACUGUUUCAGGUAAAGUGAAACCAGAGGAAGCUGUUCAAGCUACGUUGUCCUCACUGCCAGAUGAGGUGGUGGACACUGUGGGGGUGACUGCUUUGCCAUCUGAAGAUUCUGUUUCGGAAAGGAGGAGGAAGUUGGAGUUCCUAGAAAUGCAAGAAGAACUAAUCAAGGAGGAGGAAGAGAAAGAGGAAGAAGAGUUGGCCAGGAUGAAGGAAUCUUCUGCUAGGCAAAAGGAUGUUGCUUUGGAAGAGAUGACCACUGCAACAGCAAAAGAAACACAAGAGCAGUCACAAUCAAAAGCUCUAGAGAAACAGGAGCAGCUUUGUGAGCUAAGUCGUGCAUUGGCAGUUUUAGCAUCAGCAUCUUCUGUGAGCAGGGAGCGUGAACAGUUCUUGAGACUUGUCAAUAAAGAGAUAGAGUUGUAUAAUAGCUUGGUGGAGAAAGAGGGUACAGAAGGUGAAGAAGAAGCCAAGAAGGCAUACAGAGCUGCCAGGGAGGACAGUGACCAUGCUCCAGAGGAGGCUGUACGAGACAAAGUUUCUUCAGCGCUCAUAAAUAGGGUUGAUGCUAUGCUUCAAAACCUUGAAAAAGAAAUUGAUGAUGUGGAUGCCAAGAUUGGUGAUCGGUGGCGAUUGCUUGACAGGGAUUAUGAUGGCAAAGUAACUCCCGAGGAGGUUGCAUCAGCGGCUAUGUACCUGAAGGACACCUUGGGCAAGGAAGGUGUGCAAGAACUUAUUAGCAGCCUUUCCAAAGAUAGAGAAGGAAAGAUCCGUGUUGAAGACAUUGUCAAAUUAGGCAGUCGUGCAGAAGAUGCUGAUACAACUGAAGCAGGAAAAAUAUAGAGGGAAGACAUACAUCUGAAGUUUUGGUUCUCAUUCAACUCCGAUUUUCUGGUGGAGUUGAUUGUCUGUUUUUUUUUUUUUUUCUUUUUUCUUUUUUUAUAAAGAAAAGUUGAUUGUCUAAGUGUCAAUUUUUAAUUUACCUUAUAGAUACUUAAGAAUACCUUUGCUUCAUGUAACAAAAGAAGUUGUGAUUCUUUUAAGAAGCAGACGAUUGGGCUGCAUUUGCACUUUUUACUGCUAUUUUGGGUUUGCAUUUGUUACUGCUGUGAAAUUUAUGGCGACAGAACAGAAAAUCAAAUGUGCAUGCAUGUCAAAAUGUUAUUUUUUUAGGUAAUUUGGAGUGUAUAUACAUUUCACAAUGUCAAGGCUUUGUUGUCUGGUUUUUUAAUUUUUUUUGAAGAAACUAGUUCUUAUAUAGUUAGAUAUGACAGAAUCUGCUUUCCUCGAGAGAUUUACGUUAUUAUAUAAUAAUGUGGGCAGAUGGACAUCUUGGUUUC